AUGGAUUCUUUAUUUCACGUCCUGGUUUCUACCUGUCUUGCCUUGACAUUCUCAGAAGGGUUUCUGAUUAUCCAUGUCCAGAAACAGCAGUGUCUUUCAGAAAAGAGAGGAGUCAUUAUGGAAAAGUGCAAUAUGACCAAGCUCAACCAGCAGUGGCGGUGGACAGCAGAUGACAAGCUCUUCCACGUGAAAUCUGGCCAGUGCCUGAGCAUCUCUACACGCUCUGCCCUGUCAUCUCGCAGCAUCAUCGUUGAUUGUCCCCAGGCAGUCAGCUGGACUUGCCACGAGGAGGAUGGGCUCCUGAAGGUGGCCAACAGCUCUCUCUUUCUCACAAAGCAAGGUCAGAAGGUAAUGGCCAAGCAGAGUAAGAAAUACCUUCAUACAUGGAUGCAGCUAGAAGACAGCGAGACGGGAAAACCUGUUUAUGUAAAUCUGUGCUCAAAGCAAGAUCUCCAAGAAGCAGACACUUGGGUAUGGAGUAAUAGAACUACAUCCCCCCCUUUAAAGGCUGUUACCUCUAGGCUUGAAAAUCUGCUGAAGAGUAGCACAGAGAUGUUCGUCAGAAACGUGACUGAACACUUCAGUAAAAAUCUCAUUGAAAACCUCUACUUUGACUUGAAAUCUGCUGUAACAGAGAAAGCCUGGAUUCCAACAACCACUCUUCAAUACUCUAGCACUACAGAGAAGCCGCUCGCCGACGGGGAGGCUGUCAGCAUCUCCGUGCAGACAGAUCCCUUACCACCACCUCGGUUUGAAAUUAAUAAGGAAAAAACUACACUCACAAGCUUGCAGGUUCAGUGGGAUCCUUCCCCGGGAAAGGUGGACUUGUAUAACCUAGUAUUAUUUGAUCAUGAUAAUAAAACGAUACAAGAAGUCUCCAUACCAGGAAGAAUUUCAAAAACAGAAAAUACUUUUUCCAGACUCAUCCCUGGGAAUAAAUACAACAUCGUCCUCAGUGCAGUUGCUGGAAAUAAGAGUACCCCAGAACUUCACCUAAGUGGAUCUACUGUGCCAUCCCCUGUGAAAAAUAUUCAGGUCAGUGUCAAGACAGACACUAUCCAUGCUUCAUGGUCUCCUGGCUCUGGGCACGUGGAUCGUUACAGGCUGGUGUUACUGGAUAAUCAUGUCCCAGUUCAUGAGAUUCACCAAGAAGAUCCUCUGACCUCCUACACAUUUUCAGGACUCACAGCAGGCCACGUGUAUAACCUCUCUAUCAUAGCCCAGGCUGCAGGACUGGAGAGCAUCAGUUUUCAAACCGUCAGGACAGCUCCAGCUGAAGUCUUAGAUCUGACAGUGACGAACGAUGACAGCUUAGAUGCUUUAAAAGUUAAGUGGAGAAGACCUUCAGGAAACCUCAAUUUCUAUAAUAUCACUCUGUCUCAUCCUGGAUCAGUUAAAGAAGUCAAAACUGUACAGCCACCGGUCACAGAGACUCACUUUGACAACCUAACUCCAGGACGUCUUUAUCAGGUUACUGCCCGCACAGUCAGUGGUGAACUGUUUACUGAUCAGAUGGCAACUGGCAGGACAUUUCCCCAGAAAGUUUCUGAGCUGAAAGCCGGCGGCGGAGGCUGGCUGAGGUCUCUGCAAGUGAACUGGCUGCCCCCUGCGGGAGACUGGGAGAGGUACCACCUGCUCCUCUGGAACCACUCGGCCCUGGUGCUCAACACCACCCUCGAGAAGGAUGCCACAGAGUACCUCAUCCAUGACGUGGGCCUCAUCCCGGGGAGGCAGUAUGACGUGGAUGUCAUUGUGGAGAGUGGCAAUUUGCAGAGCAAGGCUAGCUGCACGGGGAGAACAGCUCCAGAGCCUGUUCUCCAGCUCCGUGUGAAGCAUGCUAAUGAAUCUUCACUUAGUGUCAUGUGGAUGACCCCUGUUGCAGAAUGGGACAGCUAUGUGGUUUCACUGGGAGACAGGGAUCUUACUGUUAUAAAAAAAGGGCUUGUAAAAGAAGCUAAGGAAUUCACUUUUACUGACUUGGUACCUGGAAGAAAAUACACAGUUACCAUCACUACCAUUAGUGGGAUUUUAAGCAACUGGACUUCAGUGGAAGGAAGAACAGUGCCAGCCCAAGUGACUGGUCUGACUGUGGCAAGUCAGGGAUCAACCAACAGCUUGUUCACCAACUGGACAAGAGCACUGGGAGAUGUAGACUCAUACCAAGUGCUACUGAUUUACGAGAAUGUUGUCAUUAAAAAUGAGACUGUUCCCAGUGAAACCAACAGAUACCACUUCUACCCCCUGAAACCUGGAGGACUCUAUUCAGUUGUUGUCACCACUGUCAGCGGGGGGAUAUCUUCAAGGCAAACAAUCGCAGAGGGGAGGACAGUUCCUUCCAGCGUGACUGGAGUAACAGUAAAUAACUCAGGUCGCAGUGACUACCUCAGUGUUUCUUGGCUGCCAGCUUCUGGAGAUGUAGACAGUUAUUUGGUAACACUCUCUCACGAUGACCAGAUUGUUCAGACUCUCACCAUUUCCAAAUCCUUCAGUGAAUGCUCCUUCAGCAGCCUUACUCCUGGGACGCUUUACAAUGUGAUGAUAACCACGAAGAGUGGGAAGUAUGAAAAUUAUUCCUUCAGCCAGGAACGAACAGUUCCUUCAAGUGUUCAGGGACUUACUGUUAGCAAUUCAGCCAGAAGUGACUACUUGAAGGUGUCCUGGUUGCAUGCCUCUGGAUAUUUUGAUAAUUAUGAAGUGAUCAUCAAGAACAACAAUGAUUUCAUCCAAACAAAAAGUGUCCCGAAGGAUGAAAAUGAAUGUGUGUUCACCAAUCUGGUCCCAGGGAGGCAGUACAGUGUCACAGUCAGCACAAGGAGUGGGAAAUACGAAACUAGUGAAAGAGUCUAUGGCAGAACAAUGCCAGAGUCAGUGAAGGAACUGACUCUUAGUAACAGAAGCACAGAAGAUCUGCAGGUAACUUGGUCAAAGGCUGAGGGGGAUGUUGAUAAAUAUGAGAUUCAGCUCCUCUUCAAUGAUAUGAAGAUUUUCCCACCCAUUUUCCUUGGGAACACCAUUGAGGAGUAUUGGUUCACAGCUCUGACUCCAGGACGUCUAUACAAAAUUCUUGUCUUGACUAUCAGUGGAGAUGCACAACGUGCUACUUUCAUAGAAGGCCUGACAAUUCCAAGUGCGGUCAGAAACAUUCAUGUGUCACCUAAUGGCAUGACAAACAGCCUGAAAGUGAGCUGGACUCCUGGAGGUGGAGAUGUUGAUUCCUACACAGUGACUAUAUUUCAGCAAAACCACCAGCUUGAUUCCCAGAGUGUCUCCAAACACGUCUCUGAGCACGUGUUUCACAAGUUGGAAGCUGGGGAGCAGUACCGGGUUGUGGUGCAAUCUAACAGUGGCACCUUGCACAACAGCUUAGCAGCUUUUGGGAGAACAAUUCCAGCCUCUGUCCAGGAAUUAUUAGUCCAUCAUGCCUACAGCAGUCACUCCUUGUUAGUAACCUGGCAGAAAGCUCCUGGUGUAGCUGAAAGAUAUGACAUUCUGCUCUUGAAUGAGCAAGAAGUCCUCCUGAGCAACAAAUCAGAGCCAGCUACUGCCAAACAGCACAAAUUUGAAGAUUUAUUAGCCGGCAAGAAGUAUAAAAUACAAGUUUUGACAGUCAGUGGUGGGCUCUUCAGUAAAGGAGCAGAAACUGUUGGUCGAACAGUUCCAGCAGCUGUCACAAACCUGAAGGUCACAGAGAACACCACUGACCGACUGUCCUUCAGCUGGAACACCUCACAAGGGGAGCUUGAUUCAUAUGACAUCUUCCUAUACAACCCAGACAAGUCCCUUCAUGACAGGAUUUCAGGAGAGCAGCACCUCCAGAAAUGUUCAUUCCAGAACCUGCGGCAAGGCAGGAUGUAUCGAAUGGUGAUUGUUACCCACAGCGGAGACCUCACUAAUGAGUCGUCUGUCUUUGGAAGAACAGUGCCAGCCCCAGUUGUUGGUCUCAAGGCAUCUAACCGAAACAUGACAGACAGUCUGUGGUUCACCUGGGGUCCAGCAGCAGGAGAUGUUGACUUCUAUGAGCUGAAUCUUUACAACCCAAAUGGGACACAGAAAGAAACAUGGCACAGGAAAGACCUGAAAGAAUGGCAUUUCCAGGGGCUUAUUCCUGGCAGAAAGUACACUCUGGUUGUGGUCACUCACAGUGGUGACCUGACCAACGCAGCAAACGCUGAAGGAAGAACAGCACCCAGCCCUCCCAACACUGUAUCCUUUACUGAUGUUGCAAACACUUCUUUAUCAAUCACCUGGCUGGGUCCUCCAGACUGGACAGACUAUGAUGAUUUUGAGUUGCAGUGGCUUCCAAAAGAUCCCCUCACAGUAUUCAAUCCCUACAGCAGCAGCAAAUCAAAAGUACGCAUCAUCUAUGGUCUGCGACCGGGAAGACUCUAUGAGUUCAGUGUCAGAACGGUCAGUGGCGACAGCUGGAAGACAUACAGUCAGUCACAGUCUGCAAGUGUGAGAACAAAACCAGACAAGAUACAAAGUCUUCAUUGUCGGCCCCAGACCUCUACUGCCAUUGCAUGUUCCUGGACUCCUCCUGAUUCUGACUUCGAUGGGUAUAGCGUCGAAUGCAAAAAACUGGACACUCGUGAAGUGGAAUUUUCUAAAAGGAUAGAAAAAGACAAAUCUCUGCUUAAUAUCAUGACCCUCGUUCCCCACAAGCGAUACCUGGUGUCCAUCAAGGUGCAUUCUGCAGACAUGACGAGUGAAGUAGUUGAAGACAGCACCAUCACAAUGAUCGACCGUCCCCCUCCCCCACCUCCAGACAUACGAGUGAACAAAAAAGAGGUGCUGAUUACCAAAUCCUCCAUCAACUUUACUUUCAACUGCAGCUGGUUUAGUGAUACUAAUGGAGCUGUGAAGUAUUUUACUGUGGUUGUGAGAGAGGCUGAUGGUAGUGAAGGACCAAAGCCUGAUGAGCAGCACCCAUUACCUUCCUACCUGGAGUACAAACACAACGACUCAAUACGCAUCUACCAGACAAAUUAUUUUGCCAGUAGGUGUGCUGAAAACCCUGACAGUGACUAUAAAAGCUUUGACAUUAAGCUUGGAGGAGAAAUGGAAAAUCUGGGAGGAAGGUGUGAUCCAGAUCAGCAAAAAUUCUGCGAUGGACCUCUAAAACCUCGGACUGCUUAUAGGAUCAGCAUACGGGCUUUUACCCAGCUCUUCAGUGAAGACCCGAAGGAACUCCCUAAACCGCUACCGCUCCUUGCAGACACCUUUUUCUCUUUACCGAUCACUACAGAGGCAGAGCCUCUGUUUGGAGUUAUUGAAGGUGUGAGUGCUGGCUUGUUUCUGAUUGUGAUGUUAGUGGCUGUUACUGCUUUAUUUGUCUGCAGACAAAAAGUGAGCAAUGGCCACGAAAGACCAACAGCAAGGCUGAGCAUUCGCAGGGACAGGCCACUCUCAGUUCAUCUGAACUUGGGGCAAAAAGGGAACCGGAAAACUUCCAGUCCGAUCAAAGUCAGUCAUUUUGAAGCACACUUCACCAAACUUCAAGCAGACUCCAACUACCUCCUGUCCAAGGAGUAUGAGGACUUAAAAGAUGUGGGUCGAAACCAGACAUGUGACAUAGCACUUCUGCCAGAGAACAGAGGGAAAAAUCGAUACAAUAAUAUAUUGCCCUAUGAUACAUCAAGAGUGAAGCUUUCCAAUGUGGAUGAUGACCCUUGCUCAGAUUAUAUUAAUGCAAGCUACAUACCAGGCAAUAAUUUCCGCAGGGAAUACAUAGCGACUCAGGGCCCUUUGCCUGGUACCAAAGAUGAGUUCUGGAAGAUGGCAUGGGAACAAAAUGUUCACAAUAUUGUCAUGGUAACCCAGUGUGUUGAGAAGGGCCGGGUGAAAUGUGAUCACUACUGGCCCCUUGACCAGGAUUCCUUGUACUACGGAGACCUGAUCGUUGAGAUGCUGUCUGAAUCGGUGCUCCCAGAAUGGACAAUACGAGAGUUUAAAAUCUGCAGUGAAGAGCAGCUUGACUCAACAAGGCUCAUCCGGCACUUCCACUACACUGUCUGGCCAGAUCAUGGUGUGCCGGAGACCACCCAGUCCCUGAUUCAGUUUGUCAGAACUGUAAGGGAUUAUAUCAACAGGACCCCAGACACAGGACCAACUGUCGUGCACUGCAGUGCUGGUGUUGGCAGGACUGGCACAUUCAUUGCACUGGACCGAAUUCUGCAGCAGCUGGAUUCAAAGGACACCGUCGACAUUUAUGCAGCAGUACAUGAUCUAAGACUUCACCGGGUUCACAUGGUUCAGACAGAGUGUCAAUAUGUGUAUCUACAUCAAUGUGUGAGAGAUGUGUUAAGAGCCAGAAAACUUCGCAGUGAACAAGAAAAUCCCUUGUUUCCAAUAUAUGAAAAUGUGAAUCCAGAGUAUCACAGAGAUGCUGUUUAUUCAAGGCCCUAA